UCGAGGUGUUUUUUAUUAUAGAAAAUGGGUACAAGAAACACACAAAUUAUUGAAGAUAAUUAUUAAAAGUCUUGCAUGUAUAUGUUGGCUUGAUGAAAAAUGACAAACUGUUUAUUGCUACAAAAUAUUGGCAUAUAUUUAUCGAAAAAAAAUACGCCAAAAACAUGCUGUGCAGCGAUGGAAUUCUUAGUCUGUUCUGUUUUAUCGCAGCAAGUUUAAUAUCGCUUCUCCCUGAGUUACUGUUUAGAUUAGAACUUGACAUUUAUAUUGUAUAUUUUACAAAUAUCUGGUUUUUACAUAUAAUACAGUACAUUUUCAUAAAUGUACUUGCAUAUUUGGCAUUUCGUGGCUUUGCUUAUCAAGUAGCAGUCAGGGCAAUAUUUCUUGGAUAUAUAUUUGGAAUUGGUAUUUUAAUAUCAAUCACUGCAUCGCCAUCAUGGCAGAUAUUUGGAAUUUAUAUGACAAUAUUAGCAAAUUUCCAUUAUUCGGAAUUUUUAGCUAUAGCAUGGACAAAUCCAGCAGUAUUGUCAAUUGACAGUUUUAUCCUCAAUCAUAGCAUAGCAUACGGUAUAGCAGCAAGUCUCAGUUGGAUAGAAUUUUUUAUAGAGAGGUAUUAUUUUUAUGAAUUGAAACUACCUUCCCCAGUAUCCUAUUUUGGAUUAAUAUUGUGCAUUUCUGGUGAAAUUCUGAGAAAACUAGCAAUGUGCACUGCAAAGCACAAUUUUAAUCAUGUUGUACAAAGUGAAAAAAAUGAUAAUCAUGAACUUGUUACACAUGGUGUAUAUAGUUUAUGCAGACAUCCCAGUUAUGUAGGAUGGUUUUACUGGUCUAUAGGAACACAGUUAAUACUUCAAAAUCCAUUCUGUUUCUGCGCAUAUGCAUUGAUGUCUUGGAGAUUCUUCUAUGAUCGUGUUCUGAUUGAAGAAAUAACUUUAUUAAAUUUCUUUGGUGAAGACUAUGUUAAAUAUCAAGAAAAAGUAGGAACAGGACUUCCGUUCAUUUCUGGAUAUAAAAUUAGUUUAUAGCAUCCUAUAUUGGUGUAAUUUCAUUUUACAUCAAGUAUUUUCAUUUUUGAAGUUUGUUAUAACAUACAAAAAAUAACAUUUUGUAUAUAUUUAUAAG